CCCCCUUCAUCUUCGUGGGAAUCCCCGACAACAACGUGCUUGGCUUUACAGCAUAAUAUUUUGGCUUUUUCGUUUUUUCCAGCUCGCCUCCUCUGCGUUCACUGGAGGCUCAAAGCUCUCGGACAGCGGUAGCGCGACGUACACGCACUCCUGCACCUCGGCUCUUCCCUCAUUUUCUCUCAGCUGGGAAAGGAGGGAAGUAAAUGAUGGAAGGGCAAAGUCUCGACAGUCUGCAGUUGAGCCAGAACCUGCCGCUGAGCCAGGACUCCUUCAGGGAACUGUGGGAGAGUGUAGUAACUCCCUCCAUCUCCACCAUCCCAGCAGCACCUAACGUGCCUCAGGAGACAUGGAGGGCAGAUGGACAAAUGGAUAUACUGCUCAUGAAUGAUCAAGUGCUGACUGACGGGUUUGACGAGAAUCUGUUUGAGCUACCCCCGGAGGUGUUAACUAAAGAUGGCGUUACUCCCCCGGCCUCCACUGUCCCAGUUACAACUGACUAUCCUGGUGAAUAUGACUUUCAGCUUCGCUUUCAGAAGUCUGGCACCGCCAAAUCCGUCACUACCACUUAUUCAGAGCUUCUCAACAAGCUCUACUGCCAGCUGGCAAAAACGAGCCCGGUGGAAGUGCUGGUGGGCAAGGAGCCUCCUCAGGGUGCUGUCCUCAGGGCCACAGCAGUUUAUAAGAAGACUGAGCAUGUGGCCUAUGUGGUCCGCAGAUGUCCCCAUCACCAGAAUGAGGAUGUUGCAGAGCAUAGCAGCCAUCUGAUCAGAGUGGAGGGCAGUCAGAGGGCUCAGUAUUUUGAAGAUCCCCACACAAAGAGGCAGAGUGUGACCGUCCCUUACGAGCCCCCGCAGUUGGGCUCAGAGAUGACAACCAUCCUGCUGAGCUUUAUGUGCAACAGCUCCUGCAUGGGCGGCAUGAACCGCAGGCCAAUCCUCACCAUCCUGACCCUUGAGACGCCAGAGGGACUGGUGUUGGGCCGGAGAUGCUUUGAGGUGCGUGUCUGCGCAUGUCCAGGCAGGGACCGUAAAACUGAGGAGGAAAAUAGCACCAAGACGCAGAAUGGCACCAAGCAGACCAAAAAACGGAAGAGCACCCCCGCUCCGGACACAACUUCUGUGAAGAAGUCCAAGUCUGCCUCCAGUGCUGAGGAGGAAGACAAGGAUGUCCACGUUCUGCACGUUCGUGGUCGUGAGCGUUAUGAAAUGUUAAAGAAAAUCAACGACGGUCUGGAGCUGCUUGACAAAGAAAGCAAAACCAAGUCUAAGGUCUCUGUGAAACUUGAGGUCCCUCUGCCCUCCAGCGGAAAGAGACUCAUGCUGAGAGGAGAGCGGAGUGACAGCGACUAAGAAAGCUGUUGCCUCGAUCACGAGAACUAACGUCAUCUUACUCCUUCCAAGCCAUCAGGUUUAUUUCAGGUUUUUACUCGUCAUUGGAACCCCGAAUCACCUCCUGCCUCAGUACGCUAGAAAACUUGAUCACUUGAGCUGUUAACUGUACUGCCCCACUGUUUACUGUACUGUAAUUACUGUACAGGGUCUUGCUGCUUAUGACAUAUGCAAAUGAAUAAAAAUUAAUUGCAUUAUGCA